UAUAGAAAAUAAAAGUGUAUUAAAAUAAGACUCAUCAUCUACCAAACAAGGAGCGUACUAGAUUUCCCAUAUUCGCAAGUACACAUCAUUCACCAACCAGCCUUUAACCUAAGCCAUCUCUCAUUCGUCUUUCCCAUUCCCCUAGGUCACGGCCGGUCACUCUAUCACCUCCCAGAACCCCCAAUAUAUAAGCCCCACCCCCUCACUCACUUACUCGCAUUUCCUCGACACCUUCCAACUUUCUCUCUCCAUUUCCAACAAACUCAUCCACUUUCUUUCUCUAGACGAGGAGAGCGUAUCUCUCACGCGCCGAUGGGAUUUCCGGUAGGGUAUCCGGAAGUGCUGGUCCCCAAGCUCUUCCUCCACGCGCUCUCGCUCCUCGCGUGGCUCCGCUCGCUCGUCGCCGCGCUCUUCCACCUCCUCCGCCUCUCCGACCUCCUCGACACCGACGCUGCCGCGAUCGCUUGGCCGCCGGAGUCUCCUCCGCCGCGCGCUCCGACUCUCUCCGCGCUCCUCAUCCGCGAGUUUCUCCCCGUGGCAGCGUUCCGUGACCUGGACGGCGCUGGCGAGUCCCCUCCGUCCCCGUCGGGGUGCGCGGUGUGCCUGAGCGAGUUCUGCGCGGAGGAGGAGAUCAGAUGUAUGGCGAACUGCAAACACAUGUUCCACCGCGCGUGCGUGGAUCGUUGGAUCGAUCACGAUCAGAAGACGUGUCCUCUGUGUAGGACACCAUUCGUGCCGGAGCACAAGGUGGAGGAGUAUAACCAGCGGCUAUGGGCAGCUUCUGGUGUUUCCCAGUUUUAUCAAGACGAUUACACUCCUACUCUCUGAUUUCUUCCUUUCUUUUUAUCUUUUUAUUUAUUUAUAUAUUUAUAAUCAAAUAUCUUUUUCCCCUUCUGUAUUAUGGAAAUUAGUGUAGGAAAAUGUACAUACCUAAUUAAACAAAAUUACAAGUUUCAAUAAAAAUUGAGAAAUUUUUGGAUUGA